CGGGGUUCCUGUGUUCAACCAUUGCUCCGUUUUUCUCUCUAAAGUGUUAAGUUCAUAAAGGAUAAAAGUCAACUGAGAGAGUGGUUAGGUCUGCCCCACCCCCGGAACGAUGGCAGACGAAAACGCCGACGUCCACCUACAAUUGCUUACACCUGAUGAUACUGGUAGUGGUGAGCGUGAUAAACUCACCACUGCUGCACCUCCAUUCACCCGUCGUCUAGGAUAUCCUGUGGAGAUAACUGAUGUGGAAAAGGCUGAGACCGACCUCCCCCCAUCUCAGAAAGACAUACACGAGAACAACCCUGAAACAUCAGAGCUGCCCAAGUCCCAUUGGUGGAGAACAACAAUUCCAUUGGGCCUCGCCUUCAUUGCUAUCGCUGUCGGAUCGGAAGUUUUAUUCAAGAAAACACACAAGUCAGGAUUUCGUAUCAAACUCACCUACAUCGAUCCCUCUCACGCUAGACAGUUCCUGAAGUCAUUCGGGCCAGCUAUGAUUUUCACUUUAUUAUUCCAUUGGUUCACAGCGCCCUAUGUUACCAAGCUGAUCAAACCCUACGAACAGAACAGGAAGCGCCUUUGGGUGGUCUCCAUACUCCCCUUGAUCGUAGCCCACGGUGGUAUUUUCCAUUCCCUGGCUGGAGCAUAUUUCCAGAUUAUUGUGGUGCCCCGGCCGCAGGAAGCGAGAGUGCGUAUCGCAGGCAAAACGGGUUGGGGCUAUGACAAUGUCGAAUUCACCCCGUUCGUGGAUGCUGCAGGGUUUGUGGGCGCCGUUAGCCGGAUCGGUGCUCUGUAUUCUCCAUUCAUUCUUAAUGACACCACUAGCAAGACUGGGAACACCUGGGUGGUGCCAAGCUUUACUCUCGCUGAUCCAAGUGCAGCUGACCAAGAUGGGGAGGUGAACCUCACAUUCAGGGGAUUGUCGGUGCAAGCCAGAUGUGCCCCGGUUCCAUCACCAGUGAUAUCGGGUCCGGACACCACCGACUCGUACGACAUAUCGGGGACUCUUUCCCAUAACUGCUCCGCCACAUCCAAUGUCAUCUCCAAUGGCACAACAUGGGACAGCUGGAUGGUUCCCGCCCCUUUUGGAUGUGUGCGAAGUAUUGACCCUGGUAACAACCACCCAAUCGCAAGUAACCCGCUGUAUUUCUCUCCCGUAGCAUUCUCUUUCUUAAAAAACAUAUCAAGCUACUCGAUGGUCUUCUGCUACAGCAUGAUAGAGGAGCACGAUCUCACCGUUACACUCGCGAUCGACAGUGGCACCCCAUUCAUUUACGAUGUCGUGGAUCGAGGCAACGUCUCAUUCCUCAGUUGGGGUCCUAGCGGGAUAGGUUGGACAAGUAGUGAUCCCCGGGUGGAAGGCAUCGGAGACGCGAUCAGCUUUGCCUUGGCUGGUUCCAUCGUGAACUCUGCAGGUUUAGAUGAGAUUGGGGGUGAAAUAGACACAUCAUUACAGGACGGCAUACUUAGGGACGCAAACUCCGUGGUUGGAUAUGCCGAAGAGGCCGUUAGAUUAUUUCAAGCAACCCUCGCCCCUUCCACGCUUAUCGUUGGGCCAUCGUAUUUACGAAAUGCCACACGGUACGUGGAAACAUACAACUUGGUUGCCUACGCUCCUGCUGCACAUGUAUUAACUGCCCUGUGCGCUAUUGUUGGAUCCAUUCUUAUCGCGCUUUCCAUACAUCAUUUCUGGCGGCGCAAGGAAUUAUUGGCCAAUGCCGCGCCUUCAGCGACUACGACGACGGCUCCAACGCUGGCUUCAUGAAUCGAAGCUCCUAACUACAAAGUUGUUGGGGUGUUGAUGCUUCAUCUUGCUGGUUAGAAAUAUGCAGCAAGCGUGCAGUUAAUUGCCUUGGCAACCUCACAAUCGGCAGCUACGGAACAUGUCCGAAUGGAUUUUUCCCCCAAGUACUCGCAUGAAUUACCUUGCUUGCAAGGUCUGCCUGGAAUCUCUUUUUCCCAUGCUCCUACAAUUGUUCCUGCUUUCUGUCAGCUACAGUCAUGUCAUGAUGUCGAAAUGCGAAGAUGC